CUGUAUGAUAGUUUGACUCAUGAUACACAGCAGCAGCCAGGGCGGGGCUUGACUAUAAAGUCUGUCUCACUUAUUCCCGACCUCUGAACAUUCCUGUCUCUCCUGUGCCAACACUCGUCUCGGCUCUGCACGACCACCACACCUCAGUAACCAUGCCUUCAGAACUAGAGGGUGCCAUGGAGUCACUCAUUACAGUGUUCCACAGAUACGCCUCUAAGGAUGGCCGCAGCGGCACACUGAGCCGACGAGAGCUCAGAGAGUUGAUGGAGAACGAGCUGUCAAACUUCUUAAAGUCUCAGAAGGACCCCGCUGCUGUGGACAAAAUCAUGAAGGACCUGGACACUAAUGGUGACGGUCAGGUGGAUUUUGAAGAGUUUGUUUCCCUCGUUGUUGGACUUUCCAUUGCCUGUGAGCAGUGCUAUCAGAUGCACAUGAAGAAGCAUUGUAAAAAGUAAAUGACAGCAGCAGGAGAAAGGAGAAAAAAUAAGAAGCAUUUCAGUUUUUGUAAAGACAACUUUUGCCCAUUAAAUUGACUGGGGAGUUUUAAAA